AUGAUCAGUCGCUCCUCCCAUGACAACAGGGGCCUUUUGAGCCUCAGCAGCAUCUGGGUCUAUAGGGAACUAACAGGCAGCAGUAGCCAGCUGCUCUCCUGUGUCAUCCACAACCACAGGCUUAAUCAGUCCCUCAUCAACAGGCCAGCCACGACAAAGUUCCCCAGUACCCAUACACAGGUGCGUCCGUACGGCUUCUGUAUACUAAAAUGAGAUGAUGUGUGCUCUGAUGAAGAUUCGUUGUCAAAAUGCGUCAAUGGACAUUUGUUUUUGUUACUCUGAUCUUGAACAUUUUGACGAAGAUGCAGCAGAUUCAACUCAAUACAGUUGAGUUGUAAGAACAGGUUCACUUCAGAAGGAGUCUCAAGGAAAAUAUAGAGUAGACUUGUUUUGGCCUCAUGAUGUGAUUCAGAUACUGCAAUACUAUACCCUUGAAUUAGAUAUUGAUCAGUAUUAGAUAUUGACCAGAAAGUACUAUUAUUGUGAAUUACAUCGUUUAAAUACAUUAAUCUAUCAAGUACGCAAUGAUUACUCAAAAUGAGCCCAAACAAGGAUCCCUGCCAGGGGUUCUUGAUAUAAUACUGUACUUGAGUCUGCUGCCCUCUUCUGUUACUUGCUGUAGAUGACUGUGAAACUGAUACAUCUUGAAUACAUUCAGGAGAUCCUUGAGUACCACUUCUCUCACUUUUGAUCUGUUGAGAAGAAACAAAUGAUUGGCCAGCAACAACAAUUAAGAGCACACAUACAACACACACAUGUUGAAUCUUAUGUGUGUGUGUGUAUGUGCGUGUGUGUGUGUGUUUGUUUGUGUGGUGCAUGUGUGUAUGUGCGUGUGUAUUUACUGUGCCUUCGGAAAGUUUUAAGACCUCUUUUCUUUUUCCACAUUUUGUUUACGUUACAGCCUUAUUCUAAAAUGGAUUAAAAAAUAUAAAAAAAUCAGCAAUCUACACACAAUACCCCAUAAUGACAAAGCGAAAACAGGUUUUUAGAAAUGUUUGCAAAUGUAUUAAAAAUAAAAAACAGAAAUACCGUAUUCAGACCCUUUGCUAUGAGACUCGAAAUUGAGCUCAGGUGCAUCCUGUUUCCAUUGAUCAUCCUUGAGAUGUUUCUACAACUUUAUUGGAGUCCACCUGUGGUGAAUUCAAUUGAUUGGACAUAAUUUUGAAAGGCACACACCUGUCUAUAUAAGGUCCCACAGUUGACAUUGCAUGUCAGAGCAAAAACCAAGCCAUGAGGUAGAAGGAAUUGUCUGUAGAACUCCGAGAUAGGAUUGUGUCGAGGCAUAGAUCUGGGGAAGGGAACCAAAAAAUGCUGCAGCAUUGAAGGUCCCCAAGAACACAGUGGCCUCCGUCAUUCUUAAAUGGAAGAAGUUUGGAACCACCAAGACUCUUUCUAGAGCUGGCCACCUGGCCAAACUGAGCAAUCGGGAGAGAAGGGCCUUGAUCAGGGAGGUGACCAAGAACCCGAUGGUCACUCUGUCAGAGCUCUAGAGUUCCUCUGUGGAGAUGGGAGAACCUUCUAGAAGGACAACCAUCUCUGCAGCACUCCACCAAUCAGGCCUUUACGGUAGAGUGGCCAGAUUGAAGCCACUCCUCAGUAAAAGGCACAUGACAGCCCACUUGGAGUUUGCCAAAAGGCACCUAAAGGACUCUCAAACCAUGAGAAACAAGAUUCUCUGGUCUGGUGAAACCAAGAUUGAACUCUUUGACCUGAAUGCCAAGUGUCACGUCUGGAGGAAACCUGGCACCAUCCCUACGGUGAAGCAUGGUGGUGGCAGCAUCAUGCUGUGAGGAUGUUUUUCAGCGGCAGGGACUGGGAGAUGAACGGAGCAAAGUACAGAGAGAUCCUUGAUGAAAACCUGCUCCAGAGAGCUCUGGAGCUCAGACUGGGGUGAAGGUUCAACAGGACAAUGACCCUAAGCACACAGCCAAGACAAUGCAGGAGUGGCUUCGGGACAAGUCUCUGAAUAUCCUUGAGUGGCCCAGCCAGAGCCCAGACUUGAACCCGAUCGAACAUCUCUGGAGAGACCUGUAAAUAGCUGUGCAGCAACACUCCCCAUCCAACUUGACAGAGCUUGAGAGGAUCUGCAGAGAAAAAUGGGAGAAACUCUCCAAAUACAGGUGUGCCAAGCUUGUAGCAUCAUACCCAAGAAGACUUGAGGCUAUAAUCGCUGCCAAAGGUGCUUCAACAAAGUACUGAGUAAAGGGUCUGAAUACUUAUGUAAAUGAUAUAUUUCAUUUUUUAAAAUGUAUUUUUAUACAUUUGCAAACAUUUCUAAAAACCUUUUUUUGCUUUGUCAUUAUGGGGUAUUGUAUGUAGAUUGAUGAGGGAAAAAAACAAUGUAAUCAAUUUUAGAAUAAGGCUCUAACGUAACAAAAUGUGGAAAAAGUCAAGGGGUCUGAAUACUUUCCGAAUGCGCUGUGUGUGUGUCCCUGCGUGUGCAUCUUCAAGGCAGAGUGUGGUGUUGUGGUUCACAAGUCUGUAGGAGCUGGGCGUCAAGCCAACAACAAUUGUACGGGUCACAAAGUGUUCUCAUCUCUGGCCCCAUCAAGGGUUAUUACUGGACAGGGAAAUAUGAACAAAUCUAUAACACACAGUCAACAAUUGGUAAAUGUCUUCUCACCGAAAGAAAAAUAAUUUGUAUACUGGUUCACAUUUCAAAUCAAAUUUUAUUUGUCACAUACACGUGUUUACAUUUACAUUUACAUUUUAGUCAUUUAGCAGACGCUCUUAUCCAGAGCGACUUACAGGAGCAAUUAGGGUUAAGUGCCUUGCUCAAGGGCACAUUAACGUCAUUUAGCAGACGCUCUUAGCCAGAGCGACUCACAAAUUGGUGCGUUCACCCUAUAGCCAGUGGGAUAACCACUUUACAAUUGGGGGGGGGGGGGGUAGAAGGAUUCCUUUAUCCUAUCCCAGGUAUUCCUUAAAGAGGUGGGGUUUCAAAUGUCUCCGGAAGGUGGUGAGUGACUCCGCUGUCCUGGCGUCGUGAAGGAGCUUGUUCCACCAUUGGGGUGCCAGAGCAGCGAACAGUUUUGACUGGGCUGAGCGGGAACUAUGCUUCCGCAGAGGAAGGGGAGCCAGCAGGCCAGAGGUGGAUGAGCGCAAUGCCCUCGUUUGCCCUCGUUUGGGCAUUGCGGGUGUAGUGAAAUGCAUUUGAUAUAGACAGUAGGAUGUCUUGAGAAAUGUUCAUAGCCCUAGAACCGUGUAAUAAUAUCCUGUCCUAUCAGACCAAGAGAAUGUAGGUGCAUGCAGCCUCUUGGGGAGAGGCUUUUCGAUAUCCGUUGGUAAAUUCCUCUGUUUACCUCCCAAUGUCUGACUAAGUGCUUUCUGUCUCUCUUCUCAAACCAUAAUUAGGUGUGCUUGCUGAAAGCCAAGCACAACUUUAGAAAUGUUUCAUAUGUAUUAUUAAUGUGCUUACUUAAGGCAAGACCAUUCAAGAUCUCUUAUAUACUCAUUAGUGUGCUUGCUGAAGGCAAGACCACACAAGAUUUCUUACAUGGUUGUAUUAUUAAUGUGCUUGCUGAAUGCAAGACAACUCUAGAGUUCUUACAUAGUCUUAUUAUUAUUAUUAUUUGAUUUAUUUAGCCUGCUCUAGAGCGUAAACAAUUUUAGCUAUGAAUAUGAAACCAACUAUAAUUGAUAGCAUUUCAACUUUUUGAACAACAAUCUUUUUUAUGAUCUCCAAUGUAUUUCAAUGGCAAUAAAGGGAGUCAUACAGUGCAUUUACACUAGGAAGCGGCAUCGAGCAGUGAAACAUCGGAAGCCAUUCACUUCAAUGGAAGGAAAGCGAGAGAAGCGGAAUGGGCGGGGGGACCAUUGAGUGAUGCGAGCAUGAGUGAGGGAGCUGAACAGGGUGGGAAUAAAGUUGGGGAAAGCUGAACUUUAUUCAAAUCCUCCGCAAUAUUGUGACGCGAGUGACCGAUCGAAGCUCACGAUAGCUUCCAACCCCUACUGGAUUUGCUGACAAUGGCUGUUAAAUAGAAGCACUACCUAGCUUGCUUGCUAGCUUGUUAGCACCCACAUGAAGGCGACGCAAGCGUGGCUAGGUGAGUGCCACUUCUACAGUGUAAAUGCUCUGAUAGAGUUCAAUGGUAAAAAAAUCUAAAAUUCUAGACCUAUCUCCUCUUUCACCGCUUAAGCUCCAAACCAAUGUUGAGAUGUUCAGAUUUUAUAAAGCUUUUUGAUACUAUAUAAACUUUUUGAAAUAUAACCAUUUUAACAUGGGUUUGAAUGAGAACCAAAUAAAAUAAAAUCACAUUUUGUUUGUUACAUGUGCCGAAUACAACUGGUGUAGACUUUACCGUGAAAUGCUUGCUUUACCGUGAAAUGCUUGCUUACGAGCCCUUCCCAACAAUGCAGAGUAAAAAAAUAUAUAGAAUAGUAACACAAGAGGAUAAAAAUAAAAUACACAAGAAUGGAGGAAUAUACACGGAGUACCAGUACCAGAUCAAUGUGCAGAGGUACGAGGUAUUUGAGGUAGAUACAGUAUGUACAGUUGAAGUCGGAAGUUUACAUACACUUAGGGUCGAGUCAUUAAAAGUAGUUUUUCAACCACUCCACAAAUUUCUUGUUAACAAACUAUUGUUUUGGCAAGUCGGUUAGGACAUCUACUUUGUGCAUGACACAAGUAAUUUUUCCAACAAUUGUUUACAGACCGAUUAUUUCACUUAUAAUUCACUGUAUCACAAUUCCAGUGGGUCAGAAGUUUACAUACACUAAGUUGACUGUGCCUUUAAACAGCUUGGAAAAUUCCAGAAAAUGAUGUCAUGGCUUUAGAAGCUUCUGAUAGGCUAAUUGACAUCAUUUGAGUCAAUUGGAGGUGUACCUGUGGAUGUAUUUCAAGGCCUACCUUCAAACUCAGUGCCUCUUUGCUUGACAUCAUGGGAAAAUCAAAAGAAAUCAGCCAAGACCUCCGAAAAAAGAUUGUAGACCUCCACAAGUCUGGUUCAUCCUUGAGAGCAAUUUCCAAACGCCUGAAGGUACCACGUUCAUCUGUACAAACAAUAGUACUCAAGUAUAAACACCGUGGGACCACGCAGCCGUCAUACCGCUCAGGAAGGAGAUGCGUUCUGUCUCCUAGAGAUGAACGUACUUUGGUGCAAAAAGUUCAAAUCAAUCCCAGAACAACAGCAAAGGACCUUGUGAAGAUGCUGGGAGAAACAGGUACAAAAGUAUCUAUAUCCACAGUAAAACGAGUCCUAUAUCGACAUAAUGACCAUCGUUAUGUUUGGAGGAAAAAGGGGACAGCUUGCAAGCCGAAGAACACCAUCCCAACCGUGAAGCACGGGGGUGGCAGCAUCAUGCUGUGGGGGUUCUUUGCUGCAGGAGGAACCGGUGCACUUCACAAAAUAGAUGGCAUCAUGAGGAAAGAAAAUUAUGUGGAUAUAUUGAAGCAACAUCUCAAGACAUCAGUCAGGAAGUUAAAGCUUGGUCGCAAAUGGGUCUUCCAAAUGGACAAUGACCCCAAGCAUACUUCCAAAGUGGUGGCAAAAUGGCUUAAGGACACCAAAGUCAAGGUAAUGGAGUGGCCAUCACAAAGCCCUGGCCUCAAUCCUAUGGAAAAUUUGUGGGCAAAACUAAAAAAACGUGUGUGAGCAAGGAGGCCUACAAACCUGACUCAGUUACACCAGCUCUGUCAGGAGGAAUGGGCCAAAAUUCACCCAACUUAUUGUGGGAAGCUUGUGGAAGUCUACCCGAAAAAUGUGACCCAAGUUAAACAAUUUAAAGGCAAUGCUACCAAAUACUAAUUGAGUGAAUGAAAACUUCUUAAAAUGUUUAACUUGGAUCAAACGUUUCGGGUAGCCUUCCACAAGCUUCCCACAAUAAGUUAGGUGAAUUUUGGCCCAUUCCUCCUGACAGAGCUGGUGUAACUGAGUCAGGUUUGUAGGCCUCCUUGCUUGCACACGCUUUUUCAGUUCUGCCCACAAAUGUUCUAUAGGAUUGAGGUCAGGGCUUUGUGAAGGCCACUCCUUUAACUAAAUAUACUUUCCUGCAACCCGCCUCACCCAAUGUGGAAUGGAUUCUGUUGUUUCUUCAUAAAUUUUCAUCCAGAACCUCUGGCUGAAACUAGCCAGCUAGCCAUCUAACUAGCUACUUGCUAUUAGCCACCGUUAGCGGUCUUCACCAUUGUCCGAGGCCGUGGCCUGCACUACCUACCAGCCAGCUCUAGCCUGGACAAUUGGCGGCCAGUCUGCACAUCGCGCUAUCGAGCCAGAGCAUAUCGGUUUUUCACGUGGUGCGGAGACAGAUUCUCGCGACGCCACUUGGUAGGAGCGACCGGUCAGGUAGGACGCAAUCCAAGAGUGAGCCGCGCCGGAGAUGCCCAACUCGGAGACGGUGGAGAGGAGGAUCUGAUGGUUCACAGUAUCAAAGGCAGCAGACAGGUCUAGAAGGACAAGAGCAGAGGAGAGAGAGUUAGCUUUAGCAGUCUCAGUUGAAUGACCAGUCUUGAAACCUGACUGGUUUGGAUCAAGAAGGUCAUUCUGAGAGAGAUAGCAAGAGAGUUGGCUAAAGACGGCACGCUCAAGAGUUUUGGAGAGAAAAGAAAGAAGGGAUACUGGUCUGUAGUUGUUGACAUCAGAGGGAUCGAGUGUUGGUUUUUUGAGAAGGGGUGCAACUCUCGCUCUCUUGAAGACGGAAGGGACAUAGCCAGCGGUCAAGGAUGAGUUGAUGAGCGAGGUGAGGUAAGGAAGAAGUUCACCGGAGAUGGUCUGGAGAAGAGAGGAGGAGAUAGGGUCAAGCGGGCAGGUUGUUGUGCGGCCGGCUGUCACAAGUCGCAAGAUUUCAUCUGGAGAGAGAGGGGAGAAAGAAGUCAAAGCAUAGGGUAGGGCAGUGUGAGCAGGACCAGCAGUGUCAUUUGACUGAACAAACGAGGAUCGGAUGUCGUCAACCUUCUUUUCAAAGUGGUUGACGAAGUCAUCCACAGAGAGGGAGGUGGGGGGGGGGGGGGGGGGGAGGAUUCAGCAGGGAGGAGAAGGUGGCAAAUAGCUUCCUAGAGUUAGAGGCAGAUCCUUGGAAUUUAGAGUGGUAGAAAGUGGCUUUAGCAGCAGAAACAGAUGAAGAAAAUGUAGAGAGGAGGGAGUGAAAAGAUGCCAGGUCCGCAGGGUCUAGUUUUCCUCCAUUUCUGCUCGGCUGCCCGGAGUCCUGUUCUGUGAGCUCGCAAUGAGUCGUCAACCCACGGAGCAGGAGGGGAGGACCGAGCCGGCCGGGAGGAUAGGGGACAUAGAGAGUCAAAGGAUGCAGAAAGGGAGGAGAGGAGGGUUGAGGAGGCAGAAUCAGGAGAUUGGAGGGAGAAGGAUUGAGCAGAGGGAAGAGAUGAUAGGAUGGAAGAGGAGAGAGUAGCGGGAGAGAGAGAGCGAAAGUUGCGUCGGCGCAUUACCAUCUGAGUAGGGGCAGAGUGAGUAGUGUUGGAGGAGAGCGAGAGAGAAAAGGAUACAAAGUAGUGGUCGGAGACAUGGAGGGGAGUUACAGUGAGAUUAGUAGAAGAACAGCAUCUAGUAAAGAUGAGGUCAAGCGUAUUGCCUGCCUUGUGAGUAGGGGGGGACGGUGAGAGGGUGAGGUCAAAAGAGGAGAGGAGUGGAAAGAAGGAGGCAGAGAGAAAUGAGUCAAAGGUAGACGUAGGGAGGUUGAAGUCACCCAGAACUGUGAGGGGUGAGCCAUCCUCAGGAAAGGAACUUAUCAAGGCGACAAGCUCAUUGAUUAACUCUCCAAGGGAACCUGGAGGGCGAUAAAUGACAAGGAUGUUAAGCUUGAAUGGGCUAGUGACUGUGACAGCAUGGUCACAGCUCUUAUCCGAGCCGACUAGGUGAAAAAUCUGUCAAUGUGCCCUUGAGCAAGGCACUUAACCCUAAUUGCUCCUGUAAGUCGCUCUGGAUAAGAGCGUCUGCUAAAUGACGUAAAUGUAAAUGUAAAACAUGACUGGGCAGGGGCGGGUGGGCCUUGGAGGGCCCACCAACUUGACAGCCAGGCCCACCCCCUUUUAGGAUUUACCUGGUGACGGUCAGCUCGGAGGUGGUAGGAGGGACCACAGAGAAACUUUGUGCUCAGGUCCACCAAGCCACAGAGCCUCUGUUGUUGAAGGUGUUGAUGGAGAAGGAGGGUGGCAGCAGCACCAUUCUACUGGAGGAAGCCAUAAGACAGGACUUCUAUCGCUGCACCUCCUUCCAGGUCAGCUGCAACUGUGCUGCGUUCAGCAGGCUACAACGUUGUGGAACGCUCUGAUAGAAAUAUAUUAUGUAGAACCAACAUGCCUCUCUGACAUGCAGAUUAAGGAAUCAUGUCAGCUCUAUCCAUGACAUUUCUAACUGUAAAGUUCCACAACGAUUUGAGCUACUGAAUGUGGCCCUAUUCUAUCUUCUCACAUGCAAAAGCGUCCCGACACAACGUCAACAAGCCAAUUUGUUAAAUGUUGACGUCAUUUGUUUACUUAACUAACACUGACUGGAGCCAUCAGCUUUAAUAGUAGCUGACACUUUGAAUUGGGUCUCUUUCCCAUCAGUGUUGGGUGGUACGCAACCUGUGCCUCGCUUCAUAUUGAUUUUAGUUGAACAGUAACCCCCACCAGUUGUACAUACACUGAGUAUACCAAACAUUAAGAACACCUUCCUAAUAUUGAGUUUUGCCAUUAGAACAGCCUCAAUUUGUCGGGGAAUGGACUCUACAAGGUGUCGAAAGCGUUCCACAGGGAUGCUGGCCCAAGUUGGCUGGAUGUCCUUUAGGUGGUGGACCAUUCUUGAUACUCACGGAAAACUGUUGAGUGUGAAAAACCCAGCAGCGUUGCAGUUCUUGACACAAACUGGUGCACCUGUCACCUACCAUACCCAGUUCAAAGGCACUUACAGUGCCUUGCAAAAGUAUUCAUCCCCCUUGGCGUUUUUACUAUUUUGUUGCAUUACAACCUGUAAUUUAAAUUGAUUUUUGUUUGGAUUUCAUGUAAUGGACAUACACAAAAUAGUCCAAAUUGGAGAAGUGAAAUGAAAAAAAUAACUUGUUUCAAAAAGUUCUAAAAAAUAAAUAACGGAAAGUGGUGCGUGCAUAUGUAUUCACCCCCUUUGCUAUGAAGCCCCUAAAUAUGAUCUGGUGCAACCAAUUACCUUCAGAAGUCACAUAAUUUGUUAAAUAAUGUCCACCUGUGUGCAAUCUAAGUCACAUGAUCUGUCACAUGAUCUCAGUAUAUAUACACCUGUUCUGAAAGGCCCCAGAGUCUGUAACACCACUAAGCAAGCGGCACCAUGAAGACCAAGGAGCUCUCCAAACAGGUCAGGGAUAAAGUUGUGGAGAAGUACAGAUCAGGGUUGGGUUAUAAAAAAAUAUCUGAAACUUUGAACAUCCCACGGAGCACCAUUAAAUCCAUUAUUAAAAAAUUGAAAGAAUAUGGCACCACAACAAACCUGCGAAGAGCGGGCCACCCACCAAAACUCACGGACCAGGCAAGGAGGGCAUUAAUCAGAGAGGCAACAAAGAGACCAAAGAUAUCCCUGAAGGCGCUGCAAAGCUCCACAGCGGAGAUUGGAGUAUCUGUCCAUAUGACCACUUUAAGCCGUACACUCCACAGAGCUGGGCUUUACGGAAGAGUGGCCAGAAAAAAGCCGUUGCUUAAAGAAAAAAAUAAGCAAACAUGUUUGGUGUUUGCCAAAAGGCAUGUGGGAGACUCCCCAAACAUAUGGAAGAAGGUUGUCUGGUCAGAUGAGACUAAAAUUGAGCUUUUUGGCCAUCAAGGAAAACGCUAUUUCUGGCGCAAACCCAACACCUCUCAUCACCCUGAGAACACCAUCCCCACAGUGAAGCAUGGUGGUGGCAGCACCAUGCUGUGGGGAUGUUUUUCAUCGGCAGGGACUGGGAAACUGGUCAGAAUUGAAGGAAUGAUGGAUGGCGCUAAAUACAGGGAAAUUCUUGAGGGAAAUUCUUGACCCUAAGCAUACUGCUAAAGCAACACUCGAGUGGUUUAAGGGGAAACAUUUAAAUGUCUUGGAAUGGCCUAGUCAAAGCCCAGACCUCAAUCCAAUUGAGAAUAUGUGGUAUGACUUAAAGAUUGCUGUACACCAGCGGAACCCAUCCAACUUGAAGGAGCUGGAGCAGUUUUGCCUUGAAGAAUGGGCAACAAGCCCAGUGGCUAGAUGUGCCAAGCUUAUAGAGACAUACCCCAAGAGACUUGCAGCUGUAAUUGCUGAAAAGGGCUCUACAAAGUAUUGACUUUGGGGGGGGGGGGGGGGUGAAUAGUUAUGCACGCUCAAGUUUUCUGUUUUUUUUUCUUAUUUCUUGUUUGUUUCAUAAUAAAAUUCUUCAAAGUGGUAGGCAUGUUGUGUAAAUCAAAUGAUACAAAACACCCCAAAAUCCAUUUUAAUUCCAGGUUGUAAGGCAACAAAAUAGGAAAAAUGCCAAGGGGGGUGAAUACUUUCGCAAGCCACUGUAAAUCUUUUGUCUUGCCAAUUCACCCUCUGAAUGGUGCACAUACACAAUCCAUGUCUCAAUUGUCUCAAGGCUUAAAAUUAUUAUUUAACCUGUCUCUUCCCCUUCAUCUACACUGAUUGAAGUGGAUUUAACAAGUUACAUUAAUAAGGGAUCAUGGCUUUCACCUGGAUUCACCUGGUCAGUCUAUGUCAUGGAAAGAGCAGGUGUCCUUAAUGUUUUGUAUACUCUGUGUAUGUCAGCUUACAGUUGAUAGAAACUCCUGACUCUUCUGUACUGGUCAUUCUUUAUCAUCAUCUAAACAAAAUACUAUUCUUACUUGACUCAAGCUAGCUAUGCACAUUCAUUCAACAACACUCAUUCAUUUCAGCCUUUUAUUCUGAAUAGUUUGGUUGUAACUCAGUCAUGUUGUGUUGCACUCAACUUGGAUUCCAGGCUGUAUGACAAAUGAUCCAACCUAUGAAAUGUAAUAGCAGUUAUUUUAACCUCAGCAUAGCUAAGAAUGAUUUAUCUACCUUUUUUAACAAAAAGCCCUCUGUUCUCAAGCUACUCAGUCAGGAGAGCCAAGCUAUGGUUAGGAGCUAGAGAAUUGUAGAACUUCUAACAAGCUUCCAUUGUUCUGUUCUUCAUGUUGUAGGUACCCCCAGUGAAGGCUGACAGUGUGGCCACUGUCCAUGUUAGCAUCAAGGGGAGGAAGGAGGAGAUGAGCAAAAACACCAAGAUCCUUAUCAAGGCCAAAAGUUUCCUCACCAUUUUCCAGAUGGACAAACCAGUCUACAAACCUGGACAGACAGGUACAGUACAUUCGGAAAGUAUUCAGACCCCUUCCCUUUUUUCCCACAUUUUGUUAUGUUACAGCCUUGUUCUAAAAUUGAUUAAGGCACAUGACAGCCCGCUUGGAGUUUGCCAAAAGGCACCUAAAGGACUCUCAGACCAUGAGAAACAAGAUUCUCUGGUCUGAUGAAACCAAGAUUGAACUCUUUGUCCUGAAUGCCAAGCGUCACGUCUGGAGGAAACCAGGCAUCAUCCCUAUGGUGAAGCAUGGUGGUGGCAGCAUCAUGCUGUGGGGAUGUUUUUCAGCGGCAGGGACUAGUCAGCAUCGAGGGAAAGAUGAACGGAGCAAAGGACAGAGAGAUCCUUGAUGGAAACCUAUUCCAGAGCGUUCAGGACCUCAGACUGGGGCAAAGGUUCACCUUCCAUCAGGACAAUGACAGUCAAGACAACGCAGGAGUGGCUUCGGGACAAGUCUCUGAAUGGCCUUGAGUGGCCCAGCCAGAGCCCAGACUUGAACCCGAUCGAACAUCUCUGGAGAGACCUGAAAAUAGCUGUGCAGCAACGCUCCCCAUCCAACCUGUCAGAGCUUGAGAGGAUCUGCAGAAAAUAAUGGGAGAAACUCCCCAAAUACAGGUGUGCCAAGCUUGUAGCAUCAUACCCAAAUGUGCAAAAAAAAUCAAAAUGGCUUUUUUUGCUUUGUCAUUAUGGGGUAUUGUGUGUAGAUUGAUGAGGGGAAAAAACGAUGUAAUCCAUUUUAGAAUAAGGCUGUGACGUAACAAGUCAAGGGGUCUUAAUACUAUAUGAAUGCACUGUGGUUAGAUAAAAUGUUUGAUGAACACUGAAACUGUUAAUAAUGUUGAAUGAUGAUUAUACAUACUUGACAGUAUAUUUGUGAGGCCAUAAGCUUGAGGAAAGGUCAUUACUGAAAUGGAUGAUAGAUAUACUGUACACUGUGUAUAGACAGAUGCUAUAUAGACAAAUGUUUUUACCGCUUUUCCAGUCAAGUUCCGAAUCGUCUCGCUGGAUGCUAGUUUCUUGUCAUUCAAUCAGAUGGUAAGUUAUUCUUUCAGUGUUGUUCAAUAAAAAUAAAGUUACUCUUUCAAAGCAUUUUUAAGUUUGGUUGUACAGGACAGCCCAGUGUUAGUCACCAUUGUAACAUUCUAGGGAGGUGCUGUGUCAUUUUGGGAGAGGUUUACUGUAGUUGAGUAAGGAAGGGAAUUGAUAGAGCAAUGAUUUCAUUCUCUUGCAGUCUUGCAUUUUGUUGAUUUUUCUUUUUUUAAUGGGGCAGUGUGGGUGAGUCAGUGUGUGUGUCGCUGGCUCAGCAAACAUGUGGUCAAAGUUCAUUUGGCCUGGCUGUUUGAUCAGAGCAUCUGAAUCAACAUGAACUCAAGGCCUGCUCUGUACUGUGGCUCUGUAGAUAAAGAUGCCUGUAUUGUAGAAACUGUUUUGGAACGUUAGAAAAUAAUGUUUUAAACCCUUUUUCUGACACCAUAGUAGUUCCCUGUAGGCCUACUGUAAAAAAAAACAAUUCUGGGAAGUAAUACAUUGGCCCAAUGUAAAUGCUGAAUAUUUGUUUCUCUUUUCUAGUAUCAAACAGUGGAACUUCAGGUGAGACUCAUUCAAAUCUAUCGCACCUAAAAAACCAAAGCUGAAUAUACAACAUGAGCAAUAAUAAUGACAUGAUCUCCCUUCAAAAAUAAUACAUGCCAAUAUGUACUGCGGCAUGAAUUGAUACAAUGCCUGCCUCUAUAACAAAAAUAACUUCCUUCAACCUACUGUGAAUCUGUACACAGGACCCCAAACACCUCCCUCUGCAACUGGAUCCUGGACUUCCUGACGGGCCGCCCCCAGGUGGUAAGGGUAGGUAACAACACAUCUGCCACACUGAUCCUCAACACGGGGGCCCCUCAGGGGUGCGUGCUCAGUCCCCUCCUGUACUCUCUGUUCACCCAUGACUGCAUGGCCAGGCACGACUCCAACACCAUCAUUAAGUUUGCCAACGACACAACAGUGGUAGGCCUGAUCACCGACAACGAUGAGACAGCCUAUAGGGAGGAGGUCAGAGAUCUGGCCGUGUGGUGCCAGGACAACAACCUCUCCCUCAACGUGACCAAGACAAAGGAGCUGAUCGUGGACUACAGGAAAAAAAAGAGGACUGAGCACGCCCCCAUUCUCAUCGACGGGGCUGUAGUGGAACAGGUUGAGAGCUUCAAGUUCCUUGGUGUCCACAUCACCAACGAACUAUCAUGGUCCAAACACACCAAGACAGUCGUGAAGAGGGCACGACAAAGCCUAUUCCCCCUCAGGAGACUAAAAAGAUUUGGCAUGGGUCCUCAGAUCCUCAAAAAAUUCUACAGCUGCACCAUCGAGAGCAUCCUGACUGGUUGCAUCACCGCCUGGUAUGGCAACUGCUUGGCCUCUGACCGCAAGGCACUACAGAGGGUAGUGCGUACGGCCCAGUACAUCACUGGGGCAAAGCUCCCUGCCAUCCAGGACCUCUAUACCAGGCGGUGUCAGAGGAAGGCCCUCAAAAUUGUCAAAGACUCCAGCCACCCUAGUCAUAGACUGUUCUCUCUGCUACCGCACGGCAAGCGGUACCGGAGUGCCAAGUCUAGGUCCAAAAGACUUCUCAACAGCUUCUACCCCCAAGCCAUAAGACUCCUGAACAGCUAAUCAUGGCUACCCGGACUAUUUGCACUGCCCCCCCACCCCAUCCUUUUUACGCUGCUGCUACUCUGUUAAGUAUUUAUGCAUAGUCACUUUAACUCUACCCACAUGUACAUAUUACCUCAACUACCUCAACUAGCCGGUGCCCCCGCACAUUGACUAUGCAACGGUACCCCCCUGUAUAUAUAGCCUCCCUACUGUCACUUUAUUUUACUGUAUAUAUAGCCUCCCUACUGUCACUUUAUUUUACUUCUGCUCUUUUUUUCUCAACACUUUUUUGUUGUUGUUUUAUUCUUACUUUUUUGUUUAAAAUAAAUGCACUGUUGGUUAAGGGCUGUAAGUAAGCAUUUCACUGUAAUGUCUGCACCUGUUGUAUUCGGCGCAUGUGACCAAUAAAAUUUGAUUUGAUUUGAUUUGAUUUGAUUUGAACUCCAAUCGCAUUGCUCAGUGGUUGAACCAGUCAACAGUGAGUGGAAUUCUGCACCUGUCACACCCCAUGUCCGCAGAGGCAACACAAGGAAGUUACAUCAUCACUGCAUGGAAUGAGAAGGGAGAACAAACCUCCCAAAACUUUGACAUCAAAGAAUAUGGUGAUGCCUUCUGUCUGAUGAUUCUAUUGUGGUUACAUUGUUUUUACAUUUUGAUUACAUGGUGAUUAAAUUGUGGUCUGUGAUUUUUUUUUGGUGUAGUUCAACAGACAAUGAGGAAGUAAUAUCGUUCUGUCAUUUUUGCAGUGUUGCCCAAGUAUGAGGUGAAAGUCCAUUUUCCCCAAACAAUAACUAUUCUGGACAAGCAAGCAACACUGAGAGUUUGUGGAAAGUAAGUGAAUAAGAUGAUCGAGCAUGAUAGACAAUAAGAAUAUCAAGCAUGAUAGACAAUGUUAUGAUGAGUUUCUCAGGUAUCAAAGAAUCAAGGAUGCAAGGAUAUACUUAGACAUUCUGUGGAGAUUUCAUACCAAGUAUUUAUUGAAUCACGAGCUCGUGGGUUCAUCUAACCAACGGACAUAGCUUUGCCCUUCGUCAGUUGAACUCAAUGAACAAAGAAGACACUCUACCUUAUAUACCCUUUAUUACCCUCUUCCUGGCAUACAUCUGGCAAGUCUCCAUGGGCACUCCCUGUCUUUGAUGUUCAUCACUCUUUACCUUAAGUCACUAUCCUAAACAUCACUCAUGCUAUCCUAAACAUCACUAAUCUACCUUGACAUAAUGGAAUGUAGACUUUCUGUCUCCUAACCACUCAUCUAGUAACUCUAACCUGUUCCCCACGAUACUAUGACAUGACAUCAUUAUACCAUAAAACAUCAUAUCAGACAAUAAGAUGAUAGAGCAUGAUAGACAAUAAGAUGAUAGAGCAUGAUAGACAAUAAGGUGAUAGAGCAUGAUAGACAAUAAGAUGAUAGAGCAUGAUAGACAAUAAGAUGAUAGAGCAUGAUAGACAAUAAGAUGAUAGAGCAUGAUAGACAAUACGAUGAUAGAGCAUGAUAGACAAUAAGAUGAUAGAGCAUGAUAGACAAUAAGGUGAUAGACAAUAAGAUGAUAAUGACCAGCAAGAUAAUGAUAAUGACAAACAAGCUUUUAAACAGGGACAUUUAUGGACAGAAUAUUAAGACCGACUUAAUUUGUGUGUUGCAUAGACUAUACUUUAUAGAUACUGUCCCAUGUUUGUUACUUGCUCAUGUUCAUAGCUGUUUCUAUUUUUUCAACACACGUAUUUGCCAUAAUUGAAUUGUCAUUCUUCUGGUGACUUUGUUUCUAGAUACACUUAUGGAAAACCAGUGAUGGGGUCUGUCACGGUGAAAGUUUGCAGAAAUGCCAUUCGAUAUCAAUGGUUUUAUGGUUCUAUUAAUAUCUGCGAGUUGUAUCUUAUGAAAGUAAGUAUUUUGUAUUCUUGUUACGCCAAAUUGUUUGAUUAUGAAAAACACUCACUGUGCGGAAAAUUGAGGUUUAUGGAAGCAUGUUUUUGUAGCCGAGCUAAGCUGACCUACAACAACUGUUCUCAUUCACCCUAGACCGACAAAACUGGUUGUGCAACCAAAAUAAUCGAUUUGACCCGGCUCGGUCGAAAUCAAUAUUUUGGGGACUUCGAAGUGGAGGCUGAGAUGGAGGAAUACGGAACGGGUAGGAGAGAACUUUAUCUUUAACGUAGGGGUGUUUACAUGCUCAACUGUUGACCUCUGACCCUUGCCUGUGUUCUCUCCAGGUGUCAUCCUUAAAGGUAGUGGAAAGGCAAGCUUCACCAAUGUCAUCAUAACUGUUAGUUUUGAGGACGUACCCCAAGCAUAUAAACCAGGGAUUGCAUACGAGGGGAAGGUGAGGACAAAAUAUAUGAACAAAUGCCUUUUUAAUAACACUGCAGGGAAACGAAUUGCUCAGAAAAAUCUUUGUGAAAGCAGUUGUGAUAAAUGUUAACGUAUAAUUUGGAGCAUCUAAACCAUGCUUUUGAUGUGUUGUAUGCAAUGGGAGUACACAUUUAGUAUAUUGGAUGUCUGCAGUCAUCCUGUCCUGUGUUUUCAGAUCAAAGUGACUGGUCCAGACUCUACUCCUGUUCCCAAUGAGCCUGUGUAUCUCUUCCUACAAAACAAUGGCAAAUCUGAGAACUGGAAUCUCACCACAGACAGCAAGGGCAUUGCUUCUUUCUCUCUAGACACUUCUCUAUGGAGUUCUGAGUCUGUGUCUCUGUCGGUCAGUUUUCACUCACUCACUCAUGUUUUACUCUAUUAAAUAUUUAAUGAUAUAUUAUUUAAAUAUUAAAUUGUUUGUUCUGACUGAGAUCAUAAAUUUUUCCUGUUGUAUUCUCCAAGGUUACUACAAUGUUCUGUAUUUCUUGAACCAGGCUCGCUAUCAAAAGGUUGAGGAGGAUUAUCCAUACGAGCAGGGUCUGCGUAGACCAGUAUAUACAUCCGCUUACCAUUUGGCAAGGAAAUUCUAUUCCAGGAGCAAGAGCUUUGUGAAGAUAAUGCAGGGCGAAGGGAAGUUCUCCUGUGAGAAAAACGGUAUUGUUUUUGCUCGCUACAUCAUCCAAGGGGUGGAGCUGAUAAAGGGACAGAAGACCCUGGACUUUUUCUAUCUGGUAAGGUUAAAGGGAUGUUCCACUCAAAAUACAACCUAAUGUGAUUUUCCCACUUACUUUGUCUGUAGUUUUGGGAUAUAUAUAUUGCUUACUUCUGUAUUUGAUUGUCAUGUUGUGUCUGGAAAUAUUUGAAGAAUGACUCAGGAAAACCGUACAGUACUUUACAUGCAGUUGAAAAGUUAAUCAUGGGUGAUAUACAGUAAUUUAACACUUUAAUAAUGUAACUUGAAGAUAUUUGUAUCAGAUCUCCCAGGUUUUAGCCAAUGUUCCUGUCUCCCUGGGUCAUUAUCUGGUUAUUAAUGUUGAUGAUAACACUUGGCUGUCUCUUAUGUCCCAGGUUAUAUCUAGAGGCAGCAUUCAGCAGCAUGGCCGUCUUCCUGUGACCGUUAACGACGGAAAAGGUAAAUUAAUUGGUCUUGGAUUCUCCGGAAUGCUUCCUGACAUUUUUCUUUAGGACUUCACAGAACCCCACUUGAUUAGAGAACAUACCUCCUCGAAAGGCCUAAUGGCAUUAAACUGGCAUUGGAUGAAAAUCUGUCAUGACAGGAUUCAAUCAUCCAGAUUACAUCUUCAAUACAAGUUGUUACUGCACAGUGCACAGUAUAUUUAAAUGGCAUAGACUAAUCACAGAACACGAUGUCCGUAUUGGAUGAUCUGUGGUUUACGGUGACUUAAUGUCAAUCCCAUUGUCCGUCUCUCAUGUUAGUAAACCAAGGGGAGCUGACGCUCUCGCUGCAGCGGAUGCCUGAGCUGACCCCUUUUGCCCAGGUGGUGGUGUACACCAUGCUGCCUGGUGGGGAGGUAGUAGCAGACAGCCAAGACUUCCCCAUUCACCUCUGCCUGAAAAACAAGGUAGGCAAAAAAUCUUUUGCCAGCUACAUGAAAUGUCAAAAUGUCACAUCAGAGAGCCUGAGCCAUAUGGAUAUAUCGCGGCAACGUGCACUACAAUCGAUUUCCAAAAUGACUUUGCAUCAGUAUAUGAAAUGAAAUGCUUCAACUGCACCUCUUGGAUCAUCACAAAUCCGUUGGGUCUGUUUUUAUCCCUUUAAACAGUACUGUAGCAUUAUGAUAUGUGGGCUCUGUUGCAAUAUUCACAUCAGUAUGCUACUGUACUUUAAGUGAACCAAUGUGUUGGACAUGUAUGGUUGUAUACAGUGCCUUCAGAAAGUAUUCACACCCCUUUACUUUUUCCAAAUGUUGUGUUACAGCCGGAAUUUAGAAUUGAUUGAAUUGAGAUUUUGUGUCACUGAUCCUCAUUCUGUUUGCAACAAGGCACUUAAGUAAUACCCCAAAAAUAUGGCAAAGAAAUUAACUUUUUGUCCUGAAUACAAAGCGUUAUGUUUGGGGCAAAUCCAACAAAACGCAUAGUACCACUCUUCAUACUGUAUUUUCAAGCAUGGUGGUGGCUGCAUCGUGUUAUGGGUAUGCUUGUCAUCGGCAAUCAGAAGAAACGGAAUACAGCUAUAAGCACAGGCAAAAUCCUGGAGGAAAACAUUUUUCAGUCUGCUUUACAACAGACACUGGCAAACAAAUUCACCUUUCAGCAGGACAAUAACCUAAAACACAAGGCCAAUUCUAUGCUGGGGUUGCUUACCAAGAAGACAUUGAAUGUUCCUGAGUUACAGUUAUGACUUAAAUCGACUUCAAAAUCUAUGGCAAGACUUGAAAAUGGCUGUCUAGCAAUGAUCAACAAUCAACUUGACAGAGCUCAAAUAAUUUGUAAAAGAAUAAUGGGCAAAUAUUCUACAAUCCAGGUGUGCAAAGCUCUUAGGGACUUAACCCCCAAAAAUACUCACAGCUGUAAUCGCUUCCAAAGGUGCUUAUACAAAGUAUUGACUCAGGGUGAAUACUUAUGUAAAUGAGAAAUUUCAUUUUAAAUAUAUGUGCGAAAAUGUCUAACACGUUUUCACUUUGUCAUUGUGGGGUAUGGUGUGUGUGGGUGUAAAAGUGGGUGAGAAAAAACAUAUAUUAAAUCCAUUUUGAAUUCAGGCUGUAACACAACAAAAUGUGGUAGAAGUCAAUGGGUAUGAAUACUUUUUGAAGGCACUGUAGAUAUAUUUAAACAAAGCUGUGAUGUGUCCCCCUUUUCUCCUCUCCAGGUGUCCCUGAAGUUCUCAUCCCUCCAGGAGUUGCCAGAAGAGAAGACCUCUCUGAGCCUCCAGGCCCACCCAGGGUCUCUGUGUUCUGUCAGGGCCAUUGACCAGAGUGUGCUGCUGCUGCAGCCUGAACAGGAGCUCAGCCUAGACUCUGUACGUUGUCCAUGCAUGCGUCCCAAAUAGCACCCUAUUCCAAAUGUAGUGAACUACUUUUGACCAGGGACUCAAAAGGGGUUUGGUCAAAAGUAGUGCACUAUAUAGGGAAUAGGGUGCCAUUUGGGACAGUACACAGCCCAUCACAAUCACUUACUAACCUUUGACUCACCACACAAAGCUGAAGCUUAACCACGAUCACACAAAUCCUCCUUUGGCAUUGUUUUUGUGCACCCAUGUAUUUCAAGAUAGGCUUUGGCUCACUUUCAGCUUCCUCUAACAAUGUUUUAACUACUGUCUGAUACUUAAAGUUUAAACUUCUGGGACUAUUCCAUUGGUUUUCUUGUACCACUCAAGCUUAGUCGAGUGCAGAUCAAGUAUUUGCUAUAUGUAUUUAACCCAGGUGUUAUCCUAUGCGCUGACCUUGUCCUGACUAUGUACUGGCCCUGUAACCUCUGAUCACUUUCUGAACAAACUCUGACCAUGCACCGACCACGCUCUGACCGUGUCAAGAUGCUGCGGAUGAUCAAGUCAGUAUUACUAGAGUUAUAUUACUUAUCUCUCUGCAGGUCUUUAGUCAGCUGCCUGUUCAGAAGUUGUCUGGAUAUUCAUACAGAGUAGAAGACUCCUACCCAUGCCUACCAUAUCCUCCAAUCAUUAAAAAGGAGAUGGAGGUGCCCCCUCCACCUGUACCUAAACUGGCCGAGGAGUUGGAAGCACCACCCGUACCUGAUAGGAAAAAACGCUCAUUCUGGUUUGGCCCCAACAACGACAAAAACGACGUUUACAACAUCUUUAAAGUAAGAGGCUCAAAUAAGUUUGCUGUUUUUGUCUGUUUGGGAUAUGGAAAAUGUAUGUAUAUAUAUACUUAAUAUUUAUUUAAGUAAGAGGUUCAGGCUAAAAUGGCGUCUUUUUGACGUAGACACUGAAUGAAUUCAAAUUCUGUGAAGUGAGGAUUCAGAAAUAAGUAGAACGACAUAUACACAGUGUCUACGAAAAUGUUUGGGUUUUAAAUCUAAUUCCAACUUCCUAAAAUUAAAAGUACAGAAAAUUACAGAAAAUUACAGAAAAUUCUAAAACAGUGUCCGGAAGGAAACGCCAUAUCAUCAUCAGUUUUGCUAAAUUAUGUUUGGGUUUUAAAUCUAAUUCCAACUUCCUAAAAUUAAAAGUACAGAAAAUUCUAAAACAGUGUCCGGAAGUAAACGCCAUAUCAUCAUCAGUUUUGCUAAAAUGGCGUCUUUUUGACGUAGACACUGAAUGAAUUCAAAUUCUGUGAAGUGAGGUUUCAGAAAUAAGUAGAACGACAGAUACAGUGUCUACGAAAAUGUUUGGGUUUUAAAUCUAAUUCCAACUUCCUAAAAUUAAAAGUACAGAAAAUUCUAAAACAGUGUCCGGAAGUAAACGCCAUAUCAUCAUCAGUUUUGCUAAAUUAUUUUUGGGUUUUAAAUCUAAUUCCAACUUCCUAAAAUUAAAAGUACAGAAAAUUCUAUAACAGUGUCCGGAAGUAAACGCCAUAUCAUCAUCAGUUUUGCUAAAUUAUGUGAUAUGGCGUUUACUUCCGGACACUGUUUUAGAAUUUUCUGUACUUUUAAUUUUAGGAAGUUGGAAUCAAGAUCCUGACCAACUUCGACGUGAAAAAAACUUUUGACUGUAACGUACACGUUACACACUCUAUGGAAUAUGGCACAAUGGAAGAAGAGGGUAUGAUACGCUAA